CAACCGCUCUCACAUACCCUGAAAAUCGGAGUACAAGGCUCGCUGUUGAUGCAUGGAUUUGGUCACAGCCCCGGCUCCUCACCCAUUGGCUGUUCCAGCAGAGAAGAGGGGCCAGGCUGGAGUGAAUGUCUGAGGCGUUGGAUGAAGCUCUGACCUAUUCUUUUGUCCCAUCAACAAUGUCUCAGCAGGAUUUCGCCCAGAAGAUUAAGGGGUACCAGGAGCAGAUUGCUGCACUGAAUACCAAGUGCAAGAUGCUGACCAUGAAAGCGAAACAUGCCACGAUGCUGCUGACAGUCACUGAGGUGGAGGGACUCUCUGAAGGGAUGGAGGAGCUGGAUGGUGAACCUUUGCCCUCACACACGGCACACCCUUCUGUGGUGAUGAUGACAGCUGGGCGCUGUCAUACGCUGCUCUCACCUGUCACUGAGGAGUCUGGGGAAGAGGGAACCAACAGUGAGCUUUCCUCUCCGACCGCUUGUCGCUCUCCCUCACCUAAUGCUGAUGUGUCUGGUAACCAGGAUAGUACUUAUUACGCAACAUUAUCUGCGGACGAAUUGCAGAUAGCAGCUCCUGACGCUCAGGACAUGAACAUUGCAGCAUCUCUUCAAGAACCGUUUGAAACCACGCUGGGCGACGCGACCUCCUCGAAGCUCGAUGACCUGCAGCGUUCCUGGGAAACUCUAAAGAAUGUGAUCAGUGAAAAGCAGCGCACUCUUUAUGAGGCCCUUGAACGACAGCAGAAGUAUCAGGAUUCCGUCCAGUCAGUCUCAGCCAAGAUGGAGUCGAUCGAGGGGAAGCUAGGUGAGGCGCUUGAUGCGGGCAAGAGCCACGACGUCCAGAUGGCCGCACACCAGGCACUGAUGGAUGAGAUUGUGACGCUGCAGGAUGAGAUCAAUGAGCUCCAGAUCUGCUUUGCUGAAGAGCUGGUGUCCGACACUGUGGACACAGACACUUCUGACCAACUGGCUAUGCAGUCCACGCUAACAGUCCUCGCGGAGCGCAUGGCCACCAUCAAGAUGAAAGCACUGGGAAAGAAACAGCUUCUCGAGGAGAGGCUGAAUGAGCAGGUGGAGGAACAGCGCCAGGAACAAGCUCUUCAACUAUAUCUCAGUGAGGCUGACGAACUGGACAAUUGGCUUCUAAUUACAAAGGCCACACUGGACGCUACACUGAAGGUCCCUAAGGAGCAGAUGGACAUGGAGGAACAGCUCAUUGACUGUCAGAACAUGUUGGUGGAGAUCGAGCAGAAAGUGGCAUCCGUUUCUGAGCUCUUCAUGAACAGUGAGAACCUGCUCAUAGAGGGGAAGCCCCAGACCCGGGGGCAAGCGGAGCACCUGACCGAGAAACUCCGGAAUCUAAAGGGGAGUUUGACGGAACUGCAGAAAAUGCUGCAGGACAGAAGAAUCACUAUCAAACACGGUGUGGUGCAGGAGAAGGAGGACACGGAAAUAGAUUCCACAUUCCACUCGAGCCCCAGUGUCCAGGAGUGGCUGGUACAGGCUCGAGCCACUCGCUAUCAGCACCAGCAGAACAGCCUACUGAGACAGAAGGAGUUGGAGCAGCAGCUUGCAGAGCAGAAGAACCUUCUGCGGUCAGUUGCCAGCAGUGGAGAGAAGAUCAUGACACAACAAAGCAGCAUGGAGACUGUCGGUGAGGAGCAGAGGCCGCAGGCUGUUGAGACAGCCCGAUCUGAAACUUUACCGCAGGAGCUUGGUUUCGAAGGGGAGAAGCUAUUUGCCUUGCAGCAACUGAGGAUCAAGUGGCAGAACCUCCAGAAAGAGAUCAGCACCAAGCAGAAGAUGUUCAAAAACACAUUGGAGCAAAACCAGGAGCAACAGCAGGUUUAUAGUCUGUCCAGUGCAGUGUCAAGUGGUAUGGCUUUAUUUAAAGGGGAAGCUCAGACAUUGGACAAGUCGGUGCAGACAGCCAAAUCCCUGUUGACUGGCCUGGGCCAAGCUAUAGGAAAUGUUUCCCCUCAGGGUAAAGAUGCUGAGGAGCAAAGCCUCCCCCUGGAGCAGAAGUUGUAUGAUGCGGCCUCGGUUACCUCCCACUGGCUGGAUGGUGUUGAAGAUCACUUAUUUGCCAGUGCAAGUUUCCUCCCGGAAAAGGUUGAAGCACACUUGUAUCAUGACGAGGCCCUUGCAAAAGAUAUCGAGGAAGUGAUUGAUGAAGUAAACGAGAAGAAGGAUGCCUUCUUCCAUAUUGUCCCGGAGCCCAAAAACCAGGAUGUGAUUGAGGACGCCCUGAGCUGCCUCCAGGAGAGGCUGAGUGUGCUGGGGUUAACGGUGAAGCAACAGUGUGAGCACAUGAAAGACCAAUUGCAGCAGCUGAUGGAGUACCAAACUGAGUUGAAGCUGUUGAUUACCUCCCUGGCUGACAGUAAAUACGUGGUCCUACAAAAGCUGGCCGAGGCUUUGGAGCAUACUGUCACAGAGCAACUGCAGGCUAUUUUGCAGGCGGAAGAUGAUCUGAGGGAAUUUGAGACGCGAAUUGGCCACUUAAAGGAGAGAGGAGAGGAACUGCAACCAGAUCAGGCUAUUCUGCUGGACCUUUCUAAAGUCCAGGAUAUGUACGAAGAGUUGACGAUGAUCAUUGGGUCCAGCCGCAGCUCUUUAAACCAGAGCCUGGCACUGAGGAGCCAGUAUGAACAAGCCCUGCAGGACCUGGCCGAUCUGACUGACACAGGCCAAGAGAAGAUGUCGCUGGAUAAGAGGAUCCUGGUCACCUCCAGGGAAGACGUCAAGAGCCUUCUGGAGAAGCACAAGGAGUUUUUCCAAGGGUUGGAGUCUCACAAGAUCCUUACAGAAACACUUUGUAAAAAAGUAAGCACCUGUAUCCACCAAAAAGAAACCAGCUCCCAGCAGGAGCUGAUGAGCAAGACCUCGGCCUUACUGAAGAAGGCUCACAAGAGAGGUGUGGAACUAGAAAGCAUUUUUGAGACCUGGACUAAUCUGGCGAAGGAUUAUGAGGCUUUGUACAGGCAGCUGGAAGGGGUGGAGAGCAAUAUCCCCGGAGCUGGACUCGUGGAGGAAUCUGAGGAGCGCCUCACUGAACGGAUCACUCUGUAUCAGCGGUUGAAAGGCAGCUUGACUGAGCAUCAGCCACAGUUGUACCAAGUGCUGGAAGAUGGGAAGAGGCUCCUGAUGUCCAUCAGUUGUGCAGACCUGGAGGUUCAGAUAGCCCAACUGGGUGAGCACUGGCUCUCCAGUACUACCAGAGUGAGCAGGGAGUUACAUCGGCUCGAAACUGUCCUCAAACACUGGAACAGGUACCAGGCAGAAUAUGCUGAGCUGAAUCAAUGGCUCCAGUCUGCAAUGGAGCGCCUGGAGUUCUGGAAGCUACAGUCAGUGACCCUCCCGCAAGAGCUAGACACUGUCAGGAACCAUCUUAGCUCGUUUCUGGAAUUUUCUAAGGAGGUUGACACCAAGUCCUCCCUCAAGUCCUCAGUGUUGAGCAGAGGAAACCAGCUCCUGCGGCUCAAGAAGGUGGACACAGCAGCCUUGCGAUCCGGGCUGGCCCAGACUGACAGUCAGUGGACAGAACUCCUUACUCAAAUCCCAUUGGUCCAAGAGAAGCUGCAUCAGCUUCAGAUGGAGAAAUUGCCUUCACGUACAGCCAUCAAUGAGCUCAUGAACUGGAUCUCACUCAUGGAUCAAAUCAUUGAAGAGGAUGAUGAGAGGAUAAAAAGUGCAGUGGGUUCACAGAUGAUAGAACAAUGCCUCAAAAAGUACAAGGCUUUCAAGAUUGAUUUAACCUGUAAGCAGCUGACGGUGGACUUUGUGAACCAAUCAGUGUUACAGAUCAGUAGUCAUGAUGUGGAGAGCAAGCGCAGUGACAAAACAGAUUUUGCCGAGCGUCUUGGAAUAAUGAAUAGGAGGUGGCAACUGCUGCAAGGGCUCAUUACUGAGAAGAUAAGGUCAUUAGAAGGCUCACUGGAAUCAUGGACGGAGUAUGAGAAUAGUGUUGAGUGCUUGAAAACUUGGUUCGAAACUCAGGAAGACAAAAUGAAGAAGUGGCACUCUAUCAGCGACCUUGCCUCUGUCCAUACUGCACUGAAGGAUUGCCAGGAACUGGAAAGUCUGAUCCAAGUGAAAGAAAAGGAAGUAGAGAAGGUUGAACAAAGUGGACUGCUCCUGAUCCAGAACAAGAAAGAGGAGGCGUCCAGCGAUGUUAGGGAGACACUCCGAGAACUCAAUCACUCCUGGGCUCAUCUGGACCGCUUGGUUGUCCAACUAAAGAUUACUCUGCAGUCGGUGCUGGACCAGUGGAAUAUUUACAAGGAAGCCUCUGAAGAAAUUAAUGGCCACUUGAUGGAUGCCAGAUACUCCCUUUCACGUUUCCGUUUGCUGACUGGCUCUCUGGAAGCUGUAAAAAUCCAAGUGGACAACCUACAGCACUUGCAAGAGGAGCUGGAGAGAUCAGAGUGCAGCCUGCGGAAGUUUGAUUCUGUAUCCAACCAGCUGCUAAAGGAGUGUCACCCGCCAGUUAACAGCUUGCUGACGACUAAUCUGAAUGAAGUUAAUACGGGCUGGAAUAAUUUGCUUCAAGACAUUGUGGAGCAGCUGCACUCAAGCAAGGUCCUGCUCCAACUCUGGCAGAAGUACAAAGAUUACUCGGGCCAGUGUUCAGUCAUAGUGCAACAGCAGGAGGAGAAAAGCAAUGAGCUGAUGAAGAAAGCCGCAAACAGGGAUAUCGCUGAGGAGGAGGUUACAAAAUGGAUUCAGGACUGUGACGUGCUGCUGGAGGAUUUGGGAACAGUGCGAGAUUCUCUUCACGUUCUCUCGGACCUUGGAGAAGAGCUGAGACAGCAGGUUGACUCUUCUGCAGCGGCUGCUAUUCAAUCUGACCAGCUGUUCCUCACCCAGCGACUGUCUUCUCUGGAGCAAGCUCUCAGCAGGCAGCGGAAUGUGCUACAGGCUGGUGUUCAAGAUUAUGAGGCGUUCAGCAGGAGACUGGAAGCCCUGGAGAAGUGGAUUGUCGAGGCCGAUGAGGUGCUAAAAUUGCAAGAUCCCAACCGAUCAUCUGACCUGACCCUAAUCCAGGAUAGGAUGGAGGAGCUGAAGGUCCAGAUGCUAAGGUUCAGCAGUACGGUCCCUGACCUGGAUCGUCUGAAUGAAUUGGGCUACAGGUUACCCCUGAACGACAAGGAGAUCAAACGCAUGCAGACAUUGAACAGGCACUGGUCCUCGAUUUCCGCCCAGACCACCGAGAGGUUUAGUAAACUGCAAGCGUUCCUGCUUCAGCACCAGACGUUCCUUGAGAAAUGCGAAACCUGGAUGGAGUUCCUGGUCCAAACCGAACAGAAGCUGGCCGUGGAGAUAUCCGGAAACUACCAGAACCUUCUGGAGCAGCAGAGAGCACACGAGCUUUUUCAGGCGGAGAUGUUCAGCCGUCAGCAGAUCCUGCACUCCAUCAUCAGUGAUGGACAGCAUCUACUGGAGCAAGGCCAGGUUGACGACAGGGAUGAAUUUAACUCAAAGUUGGCCAUGCUAAGUAACCAAUGGCAAGGAGUGAUUCGCCGUGCGCAGCAGCGGAGGGGGAUUAUUGACAGUCAGAUCCGGCAGUGGCAGCGUUACCGGGAGAUGGCGGAGAAGCUGAGGAAGUGGCUGUUGGACGUGUCCCAACAGCUUGAGCGGAGGUGGAGUAGUGCAGCUCCCAUCGCCCUGCAGCAGGCCAGGGCUCUGUUGGAUGAGGUGCAGUUGAAAGAGAAAGUGCUGCAGCGUCAGCAGGGGAGCUACAUCCUGACAGUGGAGGCGGGGAAACAACUCCUGCUGUCUGCUGAUAGUGGGGCCGAGGCUGCCCUCCAGGCUGAGCUCACCGAUGUCCAAGAGCAAUGGAGGGCAGCCAACAUCCAUCUAGAGGAACAGAGAAAGCAACUGAAUAUUUUAUUAAAGGACUGGGAGCAGUGUGAGAAAGGAAUCGCAGAUUCUCUGGCCAAGCUGAGAUCCUUCAAGAAAAAGCUUUCGCAGCCACUGCCUGAUCAUCAUGAUGAGCUACACACGGAGCAGAUCAGAUGCAUGGAACUGGAAAGUUCUUUUGAAGGGUGGACUGAUGACCUUGCCCACCUCUCCUUUCUGAAGGAGACGUUGUCCAGCUGCAUUCGUGCCGAUGACAUUUCGCUCCUGCAGGAACGGAUCGAGCUGCUGCACAGGCAGUGGGACGAGCUGUGCUAUCAGGUCUCAUUACGCAGACAGCUGGUAACAGAGAAAUUGAACAAGUGGGCGCUGUUCAAUGAGAAAAACAAGGAGCUGUGCGAGUGGCUGACCCUAAUGGAAAGCAAAGUGUCGCAGAAUGGAGACAUCAGCAUUGAGGAGAUGAUUGAGAAACUGAAGAAGGACUAUCAGGAGGAAAUCACAGCAGCGAGGGAGAACAAGAUGCAGCUGCAGCAGAUGGGCCAGAGGUUGAUCCGAGCAAGUCACGAGAGCAAAGCGUCCGAGAUCGAAUACAAACUGGGCAAGGUUGAUGACCGUUGGCAGCAUCUGCUGGACCUGAUUGGUGCCAGAGUGAAGAAGCUGAAGGAGACACUGGUUGCCGUACAGCAGCUGGACAAGAAUAUGAGCAGCCUGCGAUCGUGGCUUGCCCAGAUUGAAACCGAGCUAUCAAGACCAAUUGUCUACGACUCCUGCAACUCCCACGAAAUACAACAGAAGCUCGCGGAGCAACAGGAGUUGCAACGGGACAUUGAGAAGCACAGUACAGGCGUGGCCUCUGUCCUGAACCUUUGCGAAGUCCUGCUCCACGAUUGCGAUGCCUGUGCCACGGAAACGGAGUGCGACUCAAUCCAGCAGGCAACUCGCAACCUUGAUCGCAGGUGGAGGAACAUCUGUGCCAUGUCUAUGGAGAGGAGGCUGAAAAUUGAGGAAACCUGGAGGUUGUGGCAGAAGUUUCUGGAUGACUAUUCUCGCUUCGAAGACUGGCUUGAAACAUCUGAACGGACAGCAGCGGUGCCCAAUUCCUCGGAGGUCCUCUACACAGUCGCCAAAGAGGAACUGAAGAAGUUUGAGGCAUUCCAGCGGCAGGUCCACGAAAGCCUGACCCAGCUAGAGCUGAUCAACAAGCAGUAUCGGCGCUUGGCUCGUGAGAACCGCACGGACUCGGGCAGUAAACUCAAGGACAUGGUCCACGAGGGAAACCAGCGCUGGGACAACCUACAACGCCGGGUGACAGCCAUCCUCAGGAGACUGAAACACUUUAUUGGUCAGCGAGAGGAGUUUGAAACUACACGUGAGAAUAUAUUGGUAUGGCUGACGGAGAUGGACCUGCAGCUGACCAACAUCGAGCACUUCUCUGAAUGUGAUGUACAAGCCAAAAUCAAACAGCUAAAAGCCUUCCAACAGGAGAUAUCCCUCAACAUGAGCCGAAUUAACCGACUCUUUGUCGACGGAGAGCAGCUUAUUGAGAAGAAUGAGCCUAUGGAUGCGGCAAUAAUCGAGGAAGAACUGGAGGAACUUCGCCGUUACUACCAGGAGGUCUUUGGCCGGGUGGAUCGCUACUACAAGAAGCUAAUGCAGCUUCCGUUGACAGAUGAUGAGCUUGAGGUGUCUGACCGGGAAGUGGAAAUGGACGAUAACAUAGAACUCUCCAGCAUGCAGUGGCUCGACAGGGCUCCAGACAGUGCAGCAACCCCUCCGCUAUCGCUGAGUAGGGGCACAGGUCUGCAGCAGCCCAAGGACACCCGGUCGGGGCGUGAUACCCCGGCCAGCGUGGACUCUAUCCCCUUGGAGUGGGACCACGAUUACGACCUGAGUCGAAACUUGGAGAGUGCCGUGUCACGAGCGCUGGAGGGUGCGGAGGAAGAUGCGGGAGAUGAGGACAGCGAUUUCUACCUCAAGGGAGCAGCCGAAAUCACCGAUGUAGUGAUCCCAGAAAGCCCCGAGGCCUAUCUAAAACUGACAGAAAGUACAUUGAGAUCCACUGCAGGGGAGCCCGGCCACUUGGAGACGCAAAUCCGCCAGCUGGACAAAGCCCUUGAUAGCAGCCGAUACCACCUGCAACAAACGGAAAAUGCCAUCCGCAGCAAGACGCCCACAGGCCCUGAGUUGGACUCCAGCUACUGGGGAUAUAUGAAGCUGUUAUCAGAAUGCCGCGGUAGCAUUGAGACAGUGAAAAGAGUGGGACAUAAACUCAAAGAGGAGGAGGACAAGCUAUCUGGCUUAAUCAACCUAACUAGCACAGAGACACAGACUUCAGGUGUGAUCGAACGCUGGGAGCUGAUCCAAGCCCAGGCUCUCAACAAGGAGCUGAGAAUGAAACAAAACCUUCAGCAGUGGCAGCAGUUCAACUCUGACCUGGACAGCAUCUGGGAGUGGCUGAGUGAGACCGAGGAAGAGCUGGAGCACCUCAGCAGGCUGGACAUCAGCACAGACAUCCAGACCAUAGAACUGCGCAUUAAAAAGCUCAAAGAGCUGCAAAAGGCAGUUGACAACCGCAAAGCCAUCAUCUUGUCCAUAAACCUGUGUAGUGCCGAGUUCACCCAGUCGGACACUAGUGACGCGCUGGAACUCCGGGAGCGCUUGAGUCAGAUGAACAAGCGGUGGGACCGGGUUGGCAGCCUGCUGGAGGAUUGGCGGAGCACUCUUCAGGAUGCCCUCAUGCAGUGCCAUGAUUUCCACGAGAUGAGCCAUGGCCUACUGCUCUGGCUGGAGAAUAUAGACAGAAGGAGGAAUGAAAUUCUCCCCAUCGACCCCAAUCUGGAUUCGGACACCCUGCAGGACCAUCACAAGACAUUGAUGCAAAUCAGACGUGAGCUGCUGGAGUCCCAGCUGAAAGUAGCAUCACUACAGGACAUGUCCAGCCAACUGCUGGUAAACGUGGAGGGCAGGGAUUGUCUCGAAGCAAAGGAGAAGGUUCAUGUCAUUGGCAACCGCCUCAAGCUUCUUCUGAAAGAGGUCACCCAAGACCUAAAGGAGUUGGAGAGACUCUUGGACAACUGUGGCAGUCAAGUGGAUCUGGUGUCAUGGUCUUCAGCCGAUGAUUUGGACUCCUCGGGCUCCCUCAGCCCUGUGUCUAGUGGAAGCUUGCCCGUUCGAGCCAGACUGCCACGAGGCAAAUUUAGCCUCUCCCAGCCUGGAGCCUCUGUCAGCAGCCCACACAGCAGGCCCCUCAAAGGAAGCCAAAGAGAUUCUUCCCGUUCUAAGGAGCAGGGAGCCCAGAAGAGUCCAUCCUUCUUCCUGCGAGUGAUCCGAGCAGCAUUACCCCUCCAGCUACUGUUGUUGCUUCUGAUUGCUUUGGCCUGUCUGGUCCCCAUGACCGAGGAAGACUACAGCUGUGCCACGUCCAACAACUUUGCUCGCUCCUUCCACCCUAUGCUGAGAUACACCAAUGGCCCCCCUCCAAUAUGACCGGUCAGAACGCACUGAGGAACAGAAUCAUCCGCGGAAGGACUUCACAUGGAGGAUGAGGUGGGAAUGGCUCCUGUUAAUGCUCUCCCCCAACGUGCCAUUGGCUGGUCUGUACACUGUCCUUCGAAACCACUCAGGUGAAACCUGUAUCAAGAUGGGCCUGAAGCAACCAACCCAAGCUCCCGGGUCCCAGGAUUUAAAGAGGAACGUGUAAUAUAAAAUUUAAAUAACUUUAUAAUGGUCAUUUAUUUUUUACAGUGUUUGCUUUAGGCAUGGUCAUGUAUAACUUGAGCUUUCGAAAUUAACCCUUUGAAUGUCUGAACGAUAUAAAUCUGGAAGGGACUCUGUGCAGGAUGAAAGUGAGGUGUAAUUAAGAUUUCUGGUGAUGUUUACGAGGCAAUUAUUGGAUGUAAACUAAAAUUGAACAGAUUAUUUGUGUAUAGAUUGUUAAAGCUAUUUUAUGUUUUAAUAUUACCCUUUGCAUUUAGUACCUAUGCUGAUCAUUUUUACCCUGAAUGCUGCUUUUCAGAAACGUGCACAGAAUGAAUACUUCCCUCGAUUUUUUUUGGGGGGUGGGGGGGAGACCUGGAUGUGUACAUAAUAUAUUAAUAUAAAUCCUCCUGCAGACUAAAUCUUUUCCUCUGUCCAGUUGGUGUGACACAUGUUUGAAGCAAUCCCAACGUGAAUCGGGAGAUGUGAUUUGGAACCAGGAAGGCCUCUUGAACAGUGUCACCCCUUUUAACUACUGUCAUUGUCUAAUAGUGGCAUGUUCAGAUAAUGGUUGAAUUGCAGCAUGUUUUUCUAUACAAAAGCAGCCUCGUGUGUCUACAAGUAAGAAUAUGGAAAGCUGGUUCUUUUUGGUGUACAGCGGAAAACUGGGUCUCCAAUUAAAAGACCUAUUUCUUUCA